GUAUGACGCGCAACUCACGUGUAUCGGUACGUGAUCGGAUGGGCAGGAACUGUUGAACCGAGAAGGAGAAGGCGGCGUAGUAUCGUAGAAGAUGUUGGCUUGGUUGUACAGUAGUAAUGAAAACGCUCUCAUCUUUCGAGUAUUUACUAUAAUUAAUACAGAUUUGCAUUAAUAAGUAGGCGAUAACUUUGUGACAAGUGUUUUAUCAGCGAUUUUCAAUUAAGUGAAGUGAUUAAGACCUCGACCUAAUUUGAACAUGAAGUAAACAGCGAGUUACUCAUUACAACAAAAGUUUAGUGUGCACCUAGAUAUCUAGAAAUCAAGACUGAUAAAUGAUCCAGCCUGUUGUUGCUUCGAAACCAGAUCCAGUAUGGAGGAAACUGUUACCCACAACACAACGAUCUCUGAUUCAGCGUAUUCAAAAAGCAGCAAUAGUCAGUCUCAAAGAAGUAUAUGUAACAGACACAUGUUGUUUGAAUCCAGCAGUGGUAGUUCCAAGUCUCGACACAGCAUUUCAAGUGGCAGCAGUGGUUAUGGCGGUCAUACGCCCUCUAUGCAAAGCAGUGGCAAUGAAUCAUUUCCUCAGCCUUUGGUCACAAAAUGCAAGGAGCACAAAAAGAAGAAUUUAAAGUCCUCUUCAACUGCAGUAGUCGCAUCUGCUGUUUCCUCCGUAGUAUCGCCCUUAGCAGAACAUGAAAAUGUUGUGGCCAGUCAUCUUUCUCUGGCCGCUGCUGGGGCGACAGUUCCCGUGCCACUUGCUGUUGCUGUGGAGACAGAUAUCCCAGGGGGUGGCAGCGAAAGAAAUUCUAUUAGCAGCCACGCUGGGGUUGGUUUGGGAGCUGCUGGGGUGGUACCUGCCACCAUAACAGGCCCUUCAAAUGAAACCCUUCAAAUGGCCUUACUCACUUGUGUGAAGAAGUUACAAAAGCCUAAGGAUCUUCCAGUAGAAAUCACCGAAGAAAUCGAGGCCCAUCAUUUAUCUCUUCCUGUAGAGCCUGAGGAAAAGGAAGAGAUGAUUAUUAGCAGUUUUGAACCAGAAUCAUCAGCAAAAAAUGAGGGUGAAUUCUGUGUGGUUGUGUCAAUGCAAGAUGGCAUGGUCGUAUUUACUACACCUAGCAUCACUGAUGUUGUGGGAUUUCCAAAGGACAUGUGGCUUGGGCGUUCCUUUAUAGAUUUUAUUCAUCCCAAACAUCGAGCCGCAUUUACCAGUCACAUUGCAUCUGGUGUUGUUACACCUCUUACACACAUGCAUAAAAAAGGCGCAUCCCACCCUGGAAAGAACUCUUUCUACUGCUGCUUGCGAAGGUAUCGAGGUCUCAGGUCUAGUGGUUCUUGUGUGACAGAGAAGGAGGUUUCACACUUGCCUUUCCAGUUGAAUAUGACAUUCCGGGAGUUUGUAGCUCAGAAUACUCCUCCAGACCAGGAAGGCAACGUAGAUCCAGAAGGUCUCUCUGGAGGAUGUAACAACAUGUUUCUUGUUAUUACUGCAAAACUAAUUUCCUCAGCCUAUAAAUAUGCAGGGGAAACGUGUAAGUCUCCCAAGUUUGUCAUGUGCCAUCUUGCAUCAUGUAAGCUGAGCUACGUAGAUCCUGAAAGUGUGCCAUACCUUGGCUAUCUGCCCCAUGAUAUGCUGGGAAAAUCUGUUCUUGAAUUUUAUCAUCCAGAGGAUCUGCCAUUUCUGAAGGAGGUGUACAAAAUAUUAGUGAAGGGGCAUGGAUCUUCAUUUCGCAGUAAACCAUACCGCUUUAGGGCUCAGAAUGGCGGUUAUGUGUUGCUGGAAACAGAAUGGUCCACCUUUGUCAAUCCAUGGUCAAAGAAACUUGAGUUUUUGAUCGGACAGCAUCGAGUGCUUAAAGGUCCUGAAAAUGCUGAUGUCUUCAUGAGCCCAAAUGAAGAGGAUACACAGCAGAUCUCUGAAGAAGUUCUGAAGGAAAGCAAAAUAAUACAGGAGGAGAUUAGAAGUUUGCUCAGUGAGACGGUCAGAACCGCGGUGCAGCCGGAGAAUCGACAUGUUACAAAGCGAUGCAGGGCUCUGGCAACAUUCAUGGAAGGUCUAAUGGACGAUGUUUACAAACCUGAUUUGAAAGUUGAUCUCCCUGAGGAACAUCUCAGCUUUUCUGAACAUGACUCAGUAAUGCUUGGUGAAAUCUCACCUCAUCACGACUACUGUGACAGCAAGUCGUCAACAGAGACUCCACCUAGUUACAACCAGCUUAACUACAAUGAUAAUAUUCAGCGUUUCUUUGAGAGCAAACCAAAAACAACCCUUUCCGAUGAAUCAGGUGAUUCAAAGAUGGAAGCGAACAGAUCACUAAUGGGCACAGAAGAAGAGAUGAAAAGCGGGCAAGCAGCAGAUUCCAGCCCGGGAUCCAGUAACAGGAAGUGUUGUUUUCCUGUUAAUGGAAGUGGCACUGGUAGUGGAAGUGGCCACAGCAGCGGAAGUGCGGGUAUUGGUGAGAGCACCAAGAGCAGAAGAGAUACCAGUGCUACCAAUACAUCUCAAGGCUCCUAUAAACCACCCAUUCUCACUGAAGCGUUACUGUACAGACAUAAUGAAGACAUGGAAAAGAGAAUGGUCCAAAAACAUAAAGAACAAAGGAACAAAGGUAGUGAAAGAGAAAACAAGCAAAAGAAAUGUGUUUAUGAAAGACUCCUACAGGAACAGUGUCACGGAGUGAAACGAAGUGGGUCACAUUCUUGGGAGGGUGAGUUACGUAAAGCUAGCAAACACCCUCACGUGGACGUCGGAAAGGAAUUCAAUCCUGAAAGAGGUGGUGGCAGCGUGAAUCACUGCCUUGGUAUCGGAAAACAGCACUCAUCUGUUCGGAGUGUGCCGCGUCAGUAUCAAGGAGGGACUAAUGUGAACUUGUGGCCACCCUUCACCGUUGCACCUAUGCAGCAAACGGCACCCUGCUCAACACGUGGCAUGUUUACAGCGAACACUUUGCCUACGCGUCCGCAAGUGGCCAACGUGGUUCCCGUGUACUAUAUCCCAUCCAUUGCUCAGCAGGCUGGCCUUGCCUCUGCUCAGAUUGUGCCACCUCAGGAACAUCCAGGACCACCUAGAAUGUCUCCGUCUGGGGUAAUGUUGCCUGGACAACAACCCGCUUUCUACCCUCACCAAGUGCCUUUUAUGAAUGCUGCUGCGACCAUGUUUUAUCAGUAUCCUCCAGUGUAUGGGGCCCCGCCUGUCAUAUAUCCACCAAUGACGAUGCUCCAGCCGGCUACGGCCUUACUCCAAGCACCGUGUCCUCGGCCGGACAUUCCUGCAGCUGUGACGUGUAAACAAGAGCGCAAGAGUUCAGUAGUAAUGGCAGACAGUGGUACCAUGCCCAGCAAGUUUCAGCGUCCUGCAUCACAAGCCACAUCUGUUAAAGCAGAACCAGGGUCUGUCUUGGGGAGUGUAGCGUCUGCCUCUGUUAAGAGGGGUAUGAGUGAAUCAUCCAAGAAGGAAAAGUCACUUUAUUCUGUCGGUGGUGGACAGAUAUCACCAAAUAUAAGCCAGGAUGGCGAGAAGAUAAUGAGGUGUGAAGAUGAUAAAAGAGAUACUGAGAGCAUAAGAGAGGCAUUUAGUACAACUCAGGACUCAGACUGUAGUUAUUCAUCAUUUUAUUCAUUUCUCGAGACAGAUAAAUCUGAUGCCAGUAUGAAUAGCUCACCAGAAUAUGCCAGUGCUAAUCCUGUAAAUCAGGCUGAGGAGAUGGUGUGGAAGAAGUUAGAAAAUGUGCAGCCAAUGAAUCCAAGAUCAACAUUGAAAGAGCCCCCAUGGAUGGAAGAGGUACAUGAGACUCCGGACCUUGUGUAUCGCUAUCAGAUGAAAGAUCAGAAACUUAGAAAUGUAUUGCAAGCAGACCUACAAGCUCUAGAAAAUAUCCAUCAGCCUUUCCUUGUAAAUGAUCAACUGAAUCAGCUUUACUUAGAUAUGGAGCUGGAAGGCCUGUCAACAAAACUUAAAAUUGAAGAAGGUUCUACUUCUAGUAGUGGCAGCAGUGGGGAGGAUGUUCAGUCUAGUGCUCCAGAGAAUGAGUGUGUCUUCAAGGGUAGGAAGAAACAACGGAAUGUGGAAUAUGGAAAGCUGGUCAUGAUCUUUGAGGAGAAUGCACCUCUCCCUCCUCCCCCUUGCAAGGAAUGACACAAUUAGGUAAUUUGUUGCAGGUUAUUGUUCUGCGGAUAUUACGGAUGUGGGACUGAGUGCGAUUCAGUUUUAAUCUCAAAAAUUACCUUGCCUCCAUUUUUCCAAACUACUACUGUGUGUACAACUCUCGACACAAAUUUUUAUCAUCUACAUUUAUUACUUUGAUAAUGUAAAAUAAGGUGAAUUGGGUUCGUUGAAGGAAGCAGUGAGAGUUAUGAAGAGACGUAGAUGAUUUGAUACGUGAAUCAUCUGUCAUUUAUUUGAACAUCACUUUGAAAUAUAGAAGUGUUUCAGCUUGUUGGUGAUGGUUAUCUUCUGAAUCAUUUUGUUUUUAUAAAACAACAGACAGAAGAGUGAAGACCGAUGGGAAGUGCGUCAUAUCAGAUUUACAUGUCUGUGUCUGUGUGCAUUCACUUUUUAGCGCAGGAGGUGUGUCUUGCAUACGCUUUGACAUCGGUGAAGGCAGUAGUUACGGAUACAAUGUAAAGAACCAAUUUGUGCAAGCACAAACGUACAAAUCAAAAUCGGUGUCCUGUUACGUUGUUAUUAUCAUGACAUGUUUGUCUUGUUUGAUGUCUGUUCUUCCAUUUAUAUUGAUACUGAUGUAUUUAUAUGUUCCAUAAUGUUCUUUGAGGUUAGAUUUUGUAUUUUCAUAAAUACGGUACCAAAAAUUACAGUGUGAAUGAGAACAUUA